UGCGUCACACAGAACACUGGGGAAACAUUCAGGGUGGAGAGAAGAGAAUCGCUGGGGGUCAGGUGAAGUAAGGAAGCUUUGACUUGCAAAAGGAAGGAAAGUGACUGACAGCACAGCUUGGCAGACUUUUAAUAGAUAUCUUCCAGUUUCUUUGCCCCUUUUUUUUUUUUUAGAGAAAGACAGUUGACUUGUUUGAGGCAUCAGAAUCUUUGGGUCUUUCAAUCCCGGAAAACAUGAGCUGUAUUCCAGCUUCACACAGUAUGAACACCAAUCUCAGUCAGGUGGAGACCGAGGUGGAGGAGAUUCCACUGGAGAGAAGAGGCAGCAGAGCUUACCAGAUCUUCCCAGAAGCCGACACAAAUGAAGAUUCGGACUCCAGCUCUUAUCCUGAAGACUUUCUGUACAGAAGGGAGCGUCUCCCUUCCAUCGUCGUCGAACCCACAGAACACAGCGAGCUGACCAGCAGGGGGCUGAGCUGGCCUGCUCACUGUUCACAGAGAAACAAUGUGGAGGACGAGGAGGACGAGGACAGCAGUGCUCAUCACACAGGGAACUCUGUGGAGGGGGAGAAGAACGACGACAUGGGGACGGGAGAAGGUUCAGUCUCCAGGAAGUCUUCAAUUGGACCGUCCCAGAGUCAACUUUCCCUCUCUCGACUGACCCCACCUGCUUCACCCACCCCCCCUGAGGCUGCCCCGCCCUGUCUGAGGAGCUGAAUCAGUACAACCACUAUGGACUAAUAGCUCUGUAAUUCCCGUGAACUGUGUGUAACAUUGAAGAUGUGAAACCUCUGCAUGUCUGACCAUCCCAGUAAAACAAAAAAGACGUUUUGAGUGCUUACACAGGUAAAAUAUUUGUACUAAAUGAGGUCAGUAGGUAAUAGAAAACUGGUUCAAGUACUGUUUCUUUUUAAGGGAUAUCUCCAGCUUGAAAAAAGCUUUGCUGCUAAUCUGUAUGUUACGCAGUGAACUAAUGGUAACCAGACUGUAGGAAAACUUUGAGGAGACCUCUUGGUUAUGAUGCUUAUUAGUAACCUGCCAUCCCAGCUGGACGAAACAUUCUUUGCAGGUCAAACAUGUGAAACAUAAAGAGAAGAAACUAAUGAAAACUGUGUGUAUAAUAUCACUGUGUGUUAUAAAUGAUAAUCUGAUCAAUUUUAGUAAAAGCUUUGAACCUCUGUGAACAAUUCUGUACUGCAAGGUAAGUCGGAAUAAAUACUGUAACCUACA